AUGAGAGAAGACCUUAAUGGUAGAAAUGAACCAAAUAGAGUGCAAGUUGUAGAGACUCAGAGAUGGAAAGAUGGGAGGAACAAGGAAAGGGAAGAGAAAGAUAACCUUUCUUGUGGUAAUGGCUUGUUAUCUAAUGCAUUAUCUCCCUCUGUUACCGAAAAUGUUUGUGAUGAUGCUCAUUUCACUCCAACAGAUAUAGCAAAAGAUUUUAUGGGUAUGCGGUCUCACAAGGCACUAACAUCCACUUCAAAUUUGCAACAUAGACCUUUGGGAGAUGAGAGUACACCAUGCUGGGAUGAAAGUGAAGAGAGGCAGGAGGAUGGAAGAAGGAAUGGAGAUGGGGGAAAUGAUGUGAACUGGAUUAAUACAAAUAGGGGCAACCAUGUAGGAAAUAAUGGAUAUGGCAGCAAUCAAAAUAAUGGACAUAAUAGAGGUAACAAUGGUAAUUAUGGAAGUGGCAAUGGUGGAGGUAGGAAUAGUAAUAAUGGAAAUCAUAAUGGCAAUAAUAAUGGUAGUGGAAACAAUGGUAACAACGGAAACUAUGGCAACAAUGGUGGAUUCAAUAGAGGAAUUAUGAACAAUCAAAGAAACCAUCAUGUUGACAGAGCAUAUGAGGUUAUUGAUAGGAAGUUGGUGGAUGUGUACAACUUGUUCCAAGACACAUCUAGAACACAUUAUGAUCCUGAGGGCUACAUCCACACAAGCAGGAAGAGACAAGAGUUGGGAGAUUACUUUCAUCAGGAGGAUGAGUUUGAAGAUAUGUAUAAAAAUAAGGAAGUAGAGGAGCUUGCAGAGGUUAUGGAGACCUUGGAGAAGGAACUAGAGAUGAGAAGACAAAGAAUAGAAAACAUGGAGGGAGACCUAUCUCAAAGUGAUUCAGGGGAGAACGAGGUAGUUUCCAAGCUCCAUGCACCUGGGAAAGAGAAGGAACCAGAAGCACAAGAUAAGAUCCUCAUUGUGGUAAAUCCAAAAACAUAUGAAAGGAUGACAUAG